UGUGUAGGACCUCACUGAAGGCCCAGGCCCCAGGCCCACGGCACGCCACUGGUAGCAACCCUAGAUUUGUGUCAGGACUAUAUUUUACAUUUACAUUUAAGUCAUUUAGCAGACGCUCUUAUCCAGAGCGACUUACAAAUUGGUGCAUUCACCUUAUGAUAUCCAGUGGAACAACCACUUUACAAUAUACACUUUACACACUUUACACUUUACAAUAUCCACAUAUCCCUACCGGCUUGUGGAAGGAUGAAAUGGUAUGAAUAAAUUCAUCAAAAUAAUGUUUUUAAUGAAAAUAUGUCAAACAUUAUUUGAAUAUGUUGGUAACCUGUUGUAUAAAAGUGAUAAUGCCCUCGAAGCCGGUGUUUUGAAGGAUAUAUUGGCACAAUUUGCUAACACCCCUGCCAAUAUACCGCCUUCUCUGGCAUUAUCACUUAAUAUUAUGUCCUGUGUGCUUUAUAGCCUACAGUAUAGCCUACAGUUGAAACAGGCUCUCUGUUUCCAUGUCCAGUACAGUAAGAUGUGUGAGUGGUGGAGGUUGACUUUGUUCUCUGUCACAGUAAGGAUCAGGGUGGAGUGCCGUUUCCUCCGUUGUUUCCCAGACCCCCUCCCCCCUUUCCUCUGUCCGAGUCACACAGCUGCAGACAGCCUACACACACACCGGACCUCCACUCACUCUUCAGGCACGCUUUUGACAAGAAAAUGGGUAUAGGAAGGAUCCAUUUGGUCACCUUUCGAAUCUCCGGGAUAAGAUCAACUGUAUUUCUUGCUACCAGCUGAAUGGAGUGAAUGUGCUGCCUUGUGUUUCUGGUAGUAUCAGUCAGUCAACCCACUGUAGAUCUGGAGUGUGUCGGCCCAGCACAGCCAGCAUUUAUCCUGCUUGAGUGGAUUUUAACUAACCUGCCUGCCUGCCUGCUCUCCUUGUCAGAGGCAAACCGUUCUGCCAGAGGCUGCUGUGCCUGUGUGUAGGAGAACCAGGGGAGUGUAUGUGUUACAGACAACUGCGUUUAGCAACUCAUUCUUUGGAUAUCAUGAACUGAAUCCACUGGUUUUUAUAACUUCCCGAGGAGAUGGAUGUACAUGGUUUGGACCUGGCCUCUGGACUUUGAUGUUUUGUCCGUAUGUGGCUUAGCAGCCUUCUGUGGGUCUCUGCGCUGUCACAGCCAACCCCCGCCCCUCCCUACCUAGGGUGUUGUGAUCGACUAGGGACAAGUGUUUGGAUUUUUGAACACAACCUUCUGCUUCCUCAUGGCAUGCUGCCUCAAGUCCCACCACCAUGGAAGCUGGACCCUGACCUCUCACCCAGUUGAUGAAGUUGACCACCUGCACACCACGACGGAGGGAGAUGGGGACAGCACCCCUCUCCCAUGCAAGGGCAAGGGCAAGUUCUCUACCCUUGGCAAGAUCUUCAAACCAUGGAAGUGGAGGAAGAAGAAAAGCAGCGAGAAGUUUACGGAAACUUCAGAAGUUCUGGAGAGAAGGAUGUCGAUGAGGCGACCGAGGCAGGAGCUUAUAGAACAGGGAGUGCUGAAGGAGCUCCCGGAGAAUGAAGGGGGCGAUCCUCACAGCCCCAAACAGCCCUACGUGAAGAAUGGCCACACCCUGCCCGUGGGUGGAGGUGGUGGAGGGGGCAGAGGGCAGGAGAACCAGACAAGACCCCCCUCAGACUCUGGGAUGAACGCCUCAGACUUUAAGAUUAACCCAGCCUGGCUGCCCCAGCCAGAGGACCGCAGGGUCCGCUUCCCCCCGGACGUAGACCGCCACGGGGACCAGGGUGGCCGCAGAGGCUCCGGACAUCAGGAGGAGGGCCGGCGAGGAGGUGGAGGAGGACUGUCCCAGGGGGAGGGGAAGUCUAACAUGGCCUGGCAGGGCCAGAUGAUGGGCCAGGUGCAGGGGAUGGGACAGGAGGAGGGUAGACGUGGGGGCAGACUACACCCUUCUGACGGAGAAAAGCGGCCGGGCCUGCAGAAGGCGCCAUCAGAGGACGGAAGGAGGAGUCGCCCCGCUGAGACAGCAUGGAAGCCCACCCUCCCCCGGCACGCGUCCGCAGAGGAGGGAAGGGCCCGUAGAGAAUCAGAUAGCCAUUUUGUUCCUGACCCAGAUUCGCUGCGGGAUACUCUCCGAGAGUCGCUGCCACCCAAACAGUCCGUUAUGCCCCCCAAGUGGCUGAUGAGCUCCACCCCCAAGCCCGGCAGCGAAGGGUCACCCUCACCCCACACCCUAUCCAACCACCCUGCAACCACAUACUCUUCCUCCUCCUCUUCUUCCUCUGCAGUUGCAAAGCCUGCCCGAACUGUCUCCUCUGCAGGCGCCAACACCCAAUCUUCAGCAAUAGUGUCCCUUGCUCCAUCCUCCACCCCCCAGGCGACCAAGCAGCCACCCCUCCCCCUGCCCAAGCCUGUCAACAGGGGCGUUAAUGCUGCCAUGUUGGCCUCCACUCUACAGGGGGGUGUGAACCAGAAUGACUCCCAACUGCCCCUUUACUGGUCCUGCUGGAAACGCGAGGGCGACUAUGACGUCUACCUGUCCCUCCCUGUCUACCUGUGUCGGCGGGACGGCAGAGGCCUGCGGUCAGGCAACCUCACCCAGGCCGGUACCAGCCUUGUGCCAACUAAGCCCUCCCCACCGAUGCCCCCCAAGAGGACCACCCCUGUCACAAAGCGCAACCCGGAGGACCCCUCUGCGUCCACCCAGUCGGGCCCCACCCCCUCCACCUCCCUGCUUUCUCCUGAGGACCAUCAUAACCACUCAGUCGGCUUCCAGAUGCCUCCCCCGUCCCCGCCCUUACCCAACUACAUCCCCUCUUCUCCCUCCCGCCAGCAUCUGCACGCUCACUACCUCCACCACCAGCACUCCUACCAACAUCCCAUCCCCCAGCCCUUGCUCUUUGACCCCCCCAGCCCCACCAGUGAGCCCCCCCAGCGUCCGGCCCCUGUCCCCCUGCACAUCAUGAUCCAGAGGGCCCUGUCCAGCCCCGGCCAGGCCCAGCCACAUCCCGACGGCUCCCAGCGUUCAGCCCACUCCCUGCUCUUUGAGACGCCGCCCGAGUACCAGGGGGACCGCGGCCGGCCCCUAGCCGUCAGCAUCCAGCCUCUGAAAUUGGCUGAGGAUGACUACUCUGAGGAGGAUGAUGAUGAUGAAGAUGAUGAUAAUAAUGAUGAUGAUGAUGAAGAGGAGGAGUACGAUGGGGAGCUUCCCCAGCCAGAGCUGGAGCCACGGAGCAGGAGGUGCAUGGUGGGAGAGCCCUGCAUCAACGUCAUCCCCGAGGGGCCCAACAGCAGUGAGGAGGAGGAGGAGGAAGAAGAGCAGGACCUGCAAAGGGAAGAGAGCGACUCGGACGGGCCAGUGCUCUAUAAAGAUGAAAAUUCAGACGAGGAGGAGGAAGAUGAGCCUCCACCCAGUGCUUUGGCCAGCAGGGUCAGAAGGAAAGACACGUUAGCUUUGAAACUGAGUAACCGACACGCCCCAGAGAAACAUGCUCGAGAGGACAAGUCCAGCGGUCACACCGAACGACGCACUCCUGGACACACACCAGGUCACACACACCAAGGGUCAACAGGGCUGACAUGGCAGAGCAGGGAGCAAUGGGAGGCCAUACGCACACAAAUAGGCUCUGCACUCACAAGGCGUCUCAGCCAGAGACCCAGUGCAGAGGAGCUGGAGCAGAGAAACAUCCUUCAACCCAAGAACCAGGUAGACAGGCAGGCGGAGGUCCGAGAGAUCAAACGUAGACUCACCAGGAAGCUGAGUCAGAGGCCCACGGUUGCUGAGCUACAGGCCAGAAAGAUCCUGCGCUUCCACGAGUAUGUGGAGGUCACCACAGCCAAUGACUACGAUCGGCGAGCGGACAAGCCCUGGACCAAGCUAACACCCGCCGACAAGGCUGCCAUUCGGAAGGAGCUCAAUGACUUUAAGAGCUCUGAAAUGGAGGUUCAUGAAGACAGUAGGAUCUAUACAAGGUUCCACCGGCCUUAGCAUCCACCCCAUGCUGGAAAGCACUUACUUAACCAGUGGCCGGCAGAGUCUCUUGGAGAGGAGUCGCGGGGUCUUGGUGCUCCCUAAACAGACUUCCCUUUUAUGUUGCUGAAUGUACUGUACAGAUCAUCAAGGAAGGCCCUGGAAUUGACUGAACGGAAAACAGGGGGACUGAGGACCAGAUGCAGUAUUUCUAUCGGAUAGUAGGGGGUACCAAGUGCCAACAAAGUGAAGAGGUGGCAGAGGGGCUUGACCGAGAGGGCUGAUUAGGAGCCACUCUGCAGAUGUGUGUUAUCCUUCAGGGUUCCACUGACAACGACCUUUUGCCACCUCUUUCGAUGUUGCCUUUUUUCUGGUUUUACUCUGUAUGGCACAGUUAACCCAUGUUGCAGAUAUGUAAAUGUAAUAACAUUACAGUAAUAAUAGUCAUAAUAAUGACAGCUACAAUAAUAAACACAUUAAUAAUAAAUGUUAGAGACGAAGCUGCAGAAAGAGAAUAAGGAGGAAGACGACUGUGGGAUUUGCCAUUCCCAAAACUGGAAAAGCUCUGGGAUUUUUGUGUACUUGUGUAUAGAUUUCUGUGAUUUCUUAGACUGAAACUUGAGAGUUCUAAUAAUGACAACUGUAAUGCAUAAUAUUUUGAUCACUUUUACAUGCAUUUUUACAUUUGAAUCAUUUAGCAGACGCUCAUCCAGAGCGACUUACAGGAGCAAUUAGGGUUAAGUGCCUUGCUCAAGGGCACACCGGCAGAUUUCUCACCUAGUCCGCUUGGGGAUUCGAACCAGCGAACUUUUGGUUACUGGCCCAACGUUCUUAACAGCUACCCUGCCUUGCCUGUAUUUAUAUUUGGCUGUGACGUGGGGUGAGCAUUUGAGCUUUAACUAGUCAUAGGAAAGAACACAAUGAGGAGGUAGUUGGUGUGCUAUUCUUUUUUUUAUUUGUUUCGUAAUUUUUUUUGCCAGACUGAUCCCCAUGCUGACAGUAGAAUGCUGUUUUUUCAUAUCACAGAUUUCUUCAUUUCGCUGCAUGAGCCAACAACACACAGUGCAAUUAUU